AUGAGCAUCCACCAUGCUGGUGGAGAUGCUGUGGAGGGCAAGACCAGCCUGCCAUUCUGCACGAUUGGAGCGGGCGACACUUUCAUCGCCGGCAUGCUGUAUGCCUUGACGUGCCACUCCGCGGACUGGGACACGAAGACCAAACUCGAGUUCGCCGUUGAGUUGGCUACUCUUAAGGUGCAAAGGGAAGGGUUCGAGGGUCUUGGCCAGGAUGUCCAACGGUGGCUGUGA